CCUGUGAAUUUUUUUUAAUUCAUAUUUUCUCCCAAAACAACUCUCAUUCUUCCAACUCUUCCCCAAGAGUGACCUGAAUGAGAUCGACUUCUUUCUGAUCCAGCCUCCAGUCUUUACUCAAGACUUGGAGCGAGGGUCACAUUGUCUCUUUCUCCUUUUCCUCUCCGUUCUGGAGGCUUGACUUCCGCAGAAAAAGAAAAGCCAUCAUUUGGAAGCCAAAGAUAUCUACCCCUGACCAACACCAGGAAGUGCCGUAAGUACCAAUCCUUUUAUUUUCUUGUAUCAAUAUGCCAUCCAUAUAUACUAUCCGAAUGUCACAUAAGAUUUUCUUACUGACCUGUGGUACUUAGUGGGUUCUAUCAUCAUGCCGGGAAGAUUCGACCUCAGCAUCAACCUCCUUCACACCCCGAAUAACGAGCACGCAUUCUCCAAUCUCUUCUGUGCCAACCUGCAGCUUGAACCCAGCUCGGAUGAUCCUUCUAAGCUUCUAGGCUUUAUCAAGAUUCCUGGUUUCGAUUACGUUGACGACCUGCCUGAUUUUACUGUGGAAUCCGAGAUAAACAUCAUAGAAGUCGUUGGGGGUUUUAACUGGUCUAGGCCUAAACAAUCGGAAGAAGAGCGGCGAGAUAGUCUCACAGGCCUGCUGACCGCCGUCUUCCAAGCAUGCCUAACCCAUUCCCGGGUUUUCGACUCGCGCGUGGCUCCCGGCGAGGAGGAGGUGUGGGAUUUCGAAUCGAGCCUAAGCGUCUUCUACAUCAACGUCCUUGAGCAAGUCAAGAGCAGAGGAUUCGAGGGCGGAGGCUUCUCGCUGCUUACGGGUGACGCUGACGUGGACUCGCGGAAUCCCGGGGAUGUGAACUUGCUUGAAAUCUACAGCGUGGUGGAGAUUGUCCAGCACGUUACUCUGACUCGGAUCAAGUACGUUGAGGGACUGCCCGUAGGCGAGAUGGGUCCGGACACGCCCCUGGUUCGGCUAGUCGACGACUGGAUCCGCCGCGUCGAUGUUAUCGCCGCGACCCGCCCCGAUCGACGAUUUGAGAUCGCGGAGCCUUGA